AUGCCAUCUCAACGAACAUCAAGCACCAGGAAAGCUAAGAAGAAGGCACUAUAUGAAGAUGAUGCAAAUGCAGCAGAUGCCGUAACAUACAAGCAUCAAACCAGAACAACACGAGCAGGCAAGGUUGUUUCUGAGCUUGUAAAGGUCUCUUUGAGCACUUCAGAUAGACCCCGUAGAAAGAACCCAGGAGAACCAGAAGUGCCAAAUGUGGAUGAGAAUGCCAGUCAGGAGUUCAAUGGGGACAAUUAUGGGGCACCAGAAAGUCCCCACGGUGAAGAUGUAGUCCCCAAAAUAUGCAAGACGCAGCGAGACUAUAUUAACCAAUACGUGUCUCGUGUAGAUGACUUGCUGGGAGCAUUGCUCAGCCGAGAGGCACCCAACAUUCCAGACAAUUCCGAACGGCCUAUUUGCUCUAGCUGCAAUAAUGAUUUAAUUGCAAUUAACUACCUUGAAGGUAUUGAGGAGGAAAAGGACAAAGAGGAGCAAAUACAACUACACCAGUUGACAUGGAAACAAGCGCCCGUCGGAGACUUUUUGACAGGUCAUGCCGAAGAUAUUGAUAUUCAAAUGGAUAGCCCUGAGGAUGACCCGACUCAUAUUCACGAAGGCCCUACCGAUGAUGAAUUUGAAGAGUACCUAGACAAGUGUCGAGAAAAUCCUUCGCUGCUGGAUGACUUCCAUGAUUGUGAUGAUGAAACCGAAGUCGGGGAGGCGGAGGAUGAUGUGCAAGAUAUGCCUUAUUAUCUCCGACCACAUUUUGGCAACAAAAACAAAGUCACCCCGACAGCAACUCCAAAGACCGACGGACUCAACAAUGCGUAUGUUCGGGCAAUUCACACUAAUGGUGUUCAUCACUUGGCCAUGGUAUAUUGUGUAUGUCAUGGUGCCCAACAGCUUCCUCAGGAUCUUAUUGCAAGCCGAUUAUUGCCAACAAGUUUUCAUCGCAUUCGUACCGUAUUCUCUGCUCAACUUCUAGACUAUUUCCGACUAUCCAAUCUGGAGCUCAAGGCUUCGGCUUAUCAGUUUUAUUCUCUUAUCCGACGAAUGACAAAUCCAUUGUCUCCUUCUAGUGUUGUGGAUUUAUACAAUGAAUUCCGAAGAAUGUCAAGACUAUGGAGGUGGAUGAAGAAACUUAAAUGGGCAGGGUUUGCAGGACAUAAUGGAAAAACUGCACUGUCUGUCGGAAAAGGCGAACUUGGUAUUUUCUGUCCCGCAUGCCCACAACCAGGUAUUAACUUACCCGACAAUUGGAGAGAAGAUCCAAAUCGUUGGGUUUACAAACGAGUAUUUGUGGCCGACGGAAACUUCAAAGCAGACCAUGUCCGCUCAGAAAAGCCAUCUCGGGAUGUCUGGCUUUCGGAAGGCAGUGGCAUGAUUCCAGAUCGCACAGAAUAUCAUGCAUUCCUUAAAUCUGCAAUAGAGGCAUUGACAGGUGCUCCAUGUGAGAAUACCUUCCGUGCAAUUCAAAACUCACUGCUAUCUAAGUCAUCUUGUGACGUUACGGGGAUUGUUGGCAUUGCUUGUGCCCGACAUGGCUGCUACGCCCCAAAUGCAAUUGUAGACCUUUUUAAAGGUGAGCAGCAGAAAAAUGUUGACUUUGCAUUUUUGGCUGCGCUUGCAUCAACUGGAGUCCAUCCCGACCAAGGCACUAUGGUGAUAUAUGACAUUGUCUGCCAGUACAUCAUAUGGCUGCUCAAACGCAUUAAACACCAUCUUCCUGAAGGUCUCAAGAUUGACAGAGCAAUUGGAAUGUUCCAUGUUCAUGCUCAUAAAGAUGAGUGUUUUUUCAGAUAUGCUCCCACAUUUAUUCCUGGUGCCGCCUGUGUGUGUGGCGAGAUUCUGGAGUCAUUGUGGGCCGACUUGAAUGCUAUUUCUCCAGCGGCUCGUACAGCAACACUGGCUCACCGUGCUGAAAUCCUUGACGAUCACGCUUGUGACUCCAACCACAAAAAAGCACUUAAUUUAACAAGAUACCUGUGCCGACGAUACCUCGAAGCCGACGAGACAAGAGACAAAUAUCGGAUAUGUUUUGCCAAUCUUAACAGUGCUGUCGAUCCCGAAGCAGUUAAACUAUGGAUGAAGCAAAUUGAACACGUAGAAAAAAAUCGAUUGGAAGACCCUAAACUCAUGGAUAUAUAUACUGCUAAGCGACCCGGAUCUGUUCCAGUCAAUACAAGUACAAUGAUUGAAGAAAAGCAAUUAGACAUACGUAUGCGUGCACGGCGGCUUGUCAAUCAUGAUCGUCUCCCCGACUGUGUCAAACUCCAGAAGCUACGCGAGUCUCUCAAGACAUUAAUGGUUCAGCUUGCUAAACUUCAGUCUAAAGCUGGGGUGAUUGCUACUGGGAGGCAAGAUAUUGAAAUUUCCGACCAGAUUUUAAUUGAUUGGGAAGACGAAGAAGACGUUUUAGCUCCAGGAUCGGGUCCAACAAUAAAUGAAGACAUUGACCUACAGCCAAUAUGCCUACCAUCAAAUGGCAGUGCAGAUGCAAUGUAUGCAUCCGAUGAACUCAAAGCCAGAAUAUCCCAAGCUCGAGGCCAUCUUAAUCAAAUCCGAGAGCUUAUCGCGGAACGCUCCUUUCAGUUUAAAGAAGUUGUCCAAAAGGGCCCACGUAAAGGUGUCCGCACACGAGGUCAAACAGCAGUAAAAGAGUUAAAAGAUCAAAUUUCUCUACAUGCUCAGGCAUAUUCACACUGUCGAAGUCGCAUUGUCAAGCUCGGGGCCGACGAUGAAAUUCUUAGAGAGUUGCGCAUUUUAACCAAAGAUGACAUCAAGUCAAGUACUGCAAUUCUCAAUCCAAAUUUGCCAGGGUCAACCAAAUUUCGUUUAUCAUGGAUUUGGUAUUCUGUACACCAAAGAUUUGGACCGCGGUGGGCACUUGACCCGACAGCUACACCUGAUUCCGACCCAAACGCGUUAUCGGAGGACGCAGAUCCUGCCACUGUUCUUGAAUUUAAAAGAGUUCAUUGGUUGCGUGCAAGGGCACUAUAUCACAGGUGGAAUGAAGAAGCAACCCUUGUACGAUAUGAGAUGCAGUGGACCGUUGCAUAUUUUAUGCAUCAGAGUAAAAAAUGGGUGAAAUAUGUCGAGUCGGGGCCAACACUCAGCGCGGGUGCAAUAGCUUACGCUUAUCGCAAAUCUGAUUCUUGGCGUAGCUUGGCGAUGGCUGGAGAUCAAUUAUUUAAAUGCAUAAAUCCCCUGUACAAACCAUUGUAA